UAAAAUUUGAUUUUACUACUUUUAUUCACUAGAUUUGCAGUAUAUAUUUAUAGUAGAAAGUUAAAAAAAAUAUUUAAAAUCAAAAGGAAGAAAUAAUAUGAGGACCUAUACCAUUCCUUGAUAACCAAGGUCGAUCGACAUUUAGUCUCUACACAGUUCUAAUCUUUUUAUCUUAAACAUGUGCAAAAAAGAAAAUCAAAUCUGUAUUAUACAGAUAAAGAUGUGCAACUCUUUUUCAAUUCGAGGUUUUGUUUGUUUGCUUUUCUGCUGCCUCUUGGUGCCUCGGAGUGCUUCUGGAAUUCAUAUGAUUCUCGUGAGCCUCCCACAAGUGGAGGCACCGACCUCCACCUCAGCACUUUCUAUAGGCAAACAUUGCAAAAUGCUGGGUACGUCAUGUAUUUCUAGAGAGCUGCAUAGGGUGAGAAGCGCGCCCUUUGUCUCCAAGGUCAUAAUGGCUCUGCUGACUUCAAUUCCUUUCACUGGAGUUAGUGAGGACAACUCGAAAAUGCCAGAGAGAAUGAGAGCCCCCUACCCCAUGAUCCCCAAUGAAAAAGCGAGAGAACACAGAAAUCCCCUUACGCAAUUCCCCCCAGGUCCCUUUUGUGUGGUUCCUGCCAGCACAGCAGCCAUCCUGCUAUAUAUACCAGCUGCCACCCCUGUCCCCAUCACACUCAACACUGAUCACUUGCUGUCAACAACAAUGGGAAAGAUCACCUUCUACGAGGACCGCGGCUUCCAGGGCCGCCACUAUGAAUGCAGCAGCGACUGUCCCAACCUGCAGCCCUACUUCAGCCGCUGCAACUCUGUGCGCGUGGACAGUGGCUGCUGGAUGCUCUAUGAGCGCCCCAACUACCAGGGCCACCAGUACUUCCUGCGGCGGGGGGACUACCCUGACUACCAGCAGUGGAUGGGAUUCAGUGACUCCAUCCGCUCCUGCCGCUCCAUCCCUUACACCAGCUCUCACAGGAUAAGGCUGUAUGAGAGAGAUGACUACCGGGGCCUUGUGUCUGAGCUCACAGAAGACUGCUCCUGCAUCCACGAUCGCUUCCGCCUCAAUGAGAUCUACUCUAUGCACGUGCUGGAGGGCUGCUGGGUCCUCUAUGAGAUGCCCAACUACCGAGGCCGGCAGUACCUGCUCAGACCUGGAGACUACAGGCGCUACCAUGACUGGGGUGCCAUGGAUGCCAAAGUCGGCUCCCUGAGACGGGUCAUGGAUUUGUACUAAGCCUCAUUUUGCUUGUUACACUCCACACACAUGCAAUAAAUAUACAAUUUGUGUUCCUGGCACUAA